AUGGCUACCCCGGCAGCCAAUAUGGACAAGCCGGUGGCCGCUCCGUCAAAGCCUGCAGGAUCGGGUCGUCCUCGGACACCCCGUCCCCCUAGGCCCAACUUCAGACAAAUUCACCAGUUUCCUUUGCCGGUCAACGUACAUCAUGUUCCUCCUGUAAUUCCUCAUAACCCUCUAUCUCUCAUAAGCGUUGCUCUCUCGUACCUCACAUUUCUUAUCAUGCCACCUCGUCAUGAAAUCUACUCGGCUUACUUUGACAAGACCACUUCGUCGAUUCAUGUCACGGACGAGAAGUCCAUUAAAGCCCUCUGGGAGAUGGGGUUCUUUGGAAAAGGUAGUCUCAGUCGAAGUGAGCCAAGCUGGCUGGCACGAGAGAAAAAGCGACGAGGGUUACAUGAUGGCAAGACCAGCGAGGAGGUUACAAGAGCUCGCAGGGAGGAACGUCGUGCGUUGAAGUUGGAGCGGGCUCGGAUGGAGAAGCUCGCCAUUGAGGAGACGUUGAAAGCCGAAGCUGCCGCCAGAGAAUCCGGCCCUGCUGAAGGACAGACACCAGAUGAUACGGCGAAUGGCACAGCCACUGCAACCGAGAAAUACUCUUUGAAGAAGGCGAAAGAAGCCAAAAUGUUGGAGGCCCGGGAAGCACGCCUGGCGGCUCAAAAUGCGGAACUUGAGCAGAAGCCCGAACCAAACGGGAAAUCCGUGCGCUUCUCACCACUUGUGCAGAAGAAGGAGUUCUCAUCAAACUCGCCUUCAUCUGAGACCGUCAUGGAUGCAUUCGAUGCUGACGACUUCCCCAACGAAGAGCAUCUUCAACUUUCGAACGAAGAAGCCUUCUUCCUCGCCUACGGGCUAGGCGCUCUGCAGAUCUACGACGCACCCUCGAGCGAAAAGACCCAAUCUACCUCACCCACCCCAAUCUCUGCUCUCCUCCAACAGUUUUGCCACCAUUCCUUCCAGCCAGCUCGACACGAUACCGCUGCCCUCCAACCCGAUGACCCCUUCAUGAUCUCUUACACCGUCUACCACCAUUUCCGAUCUCUGGGCUGGGUCAUCCGCUCAGGUGUGAAAUUCGGCACCGACUACUUGCUCUACAACCGCGGCCCCGUCUUCUCUCAUGCCGAGUUCGCAGUGGUCGUCAUUCCAUCCUACAGCCACCCCUACUGGUCAGAAACCGAGGAGCGGAGAAAAUACACAGCGGAGAAGCAGGCGCGAAGUUGGUGGUGGUUGCAUUGUGUGAACAGAGUGCAGGCCCAAGUUAUGAAGAGCUUGUGUCUUGUCUAUGUGGAUGUGCCUCCGCCUGCUGCUUCCAUUGAUGAUAUUGGGGCGUUGUUCGGCCAAUACAAUGUACGCGAGUUCAUGAUCAAGAGAUGGACUCCAAACAGAACUCGUGAUUGA